AUGCCUUUCCCUCCACGCGAGAAGGGCCGGAUGGCAAAAUCCGGAAGGUCAGAAGAGGAAUUCGUUCUAUUCCUCCAGGGAAUACCGGCGCACUGUCGCUGGCAAGAGCUCAAGGACCUAGUCCGCCAGACAGCCUUACAUAUCCGUCAGGCCGUGGUCUACGAUGACCAGCAUGGAUUCCCAACCGGUCUUGGCCAGAUCAUUGUGAAGAACGAAGACGAAGCAUGGCGAACCUACCGUGCGUCAUGGAACCCGGAUAGUCAGAGACUAGCUGACAGUGUGCUUCUAGAUAGGCUAUCUACCAACGGCUGGGAAGGCCAGAGCCUGGUUGUCACAUUAGCAAAAACCAGCUCACCUACACGACCAAUUGCCGGGCCUACGAAGAGUCCAACCUGCGUGAUCCCACCCAACUAUGUACCAGGCUACUCGACUCCGCCACGAUCAACACAAAACAUGGCAGUGCCUCCGUCUCCCAUUUCCCCCGAACCCAUCCUAUCCGGCAGUCCAAACUGCCCGACAUAUCCAGCUACUGAUUACGGCCCCAUGGUCAAUCCACUAGCAAUGCCUCAACAGCCUUUCAUGCCUUUCCCUACAGAUCCAGUCACACAACAGCCCAUAACAGGCAUCCCACCGUCGCCCGCUCCUCUCCGCCACUCCUUCGGCGACGCCUUUGCUGUUCCCUUUCUCCCCACAUAUCCUUUUACAACCACGCCACCGUUCCCUGACGCCCCAGCACAUGGCGGCUUUAGUCUACCCGGACGUCGGGCCCACAUGUCCGGCAAAGCUUCCUACGGCUACAACCCGGCGUUCGCGCCGCAGAUCUACCACACCGGGGGCCCAGGCCCCCGUUCUUUCCCACGACGAACUAUAUUCGUGCAGAACCUCAGUCCCACCACCACCGACAAGCUCCUCCGCGCCUUCAUCGAAGAAAGCGGCGCCACAGUGGAGCAAUCGGAGGUGUCCACGGACCCUGACACCGGGCGCUGCAAAGGCUUCGCGCGGAUAACCCUGCGCACAGCGGAUGAAGCUAAGCGUGUUGUAGCGCAGUACAACGGCAUUAACUUCAUGGACGCGAAAAUCCGCGUCAAGAUUGACCGGAGUCUUCACCUCGCGUACAGCCUGAGCCGCGAGAGACACACCGGAUCGGUUCCAUUGACUAACGCGAACGGUCCGGUCGCAAAGAACCAAGGACCAUAUGGUCCUGGCAACAGUCCGAGGUCAUCAUCGCUGUCUUCGUCAACUUCGGCGUCGUCCAAAUCGGGCGAGCACUGCGGGCCUCUGGUUGUUAAUGGGUCGAACACUGGAAUUAAAGCAGUGGCUACUUAG